GGAGCAGAGCUCUUCAGAGCGGUAAGGGUGGAAGGAGGUAUUGUUACUUUCAAGCUUGAUAGAGCAUCAUUUGAAUAUAUUUUAGUCAUCAGGGGGGAUUCCUACAGUUUUUCCAAGGUUUGGGUGCAGAAUUGACAGUGUGUUACAGGAUUGUCCAUCGUGGUUGAAGAUUGCUCAUGAUUUUUACCAUUUUGUAGGAAUAUUUCAGCAACAUCUCAAGAUAUUAACUUUAUCCACCAUGAGCUCAAUCACCAAAUCGUCUUCCUCACGCACCUCCUCAUCCUCAUUCCGCUCUUCAUCGCGGUACAGCUGCAGUAGCGUUAGUUCGACUUGGACUGAAGGAUCUACCGGGACGGACCGUUCAUUCCCGGCUUUCCUUGAUCGUAGACCUCAGGUUCUGUUUGGGGAAGACCCUCUGUCAUCACCGGCCUUUAGCAACCAUCCAAGAGGACCCUACCUGCCAAACCAGGCUGAUCCAGAAGGUACCUUCUCUACCUGCAGUGGUGACCUGAGCCCUUUUGGGAGUUACAACGGUGAUCGGGAGUCGUUUGGAAGUUACGGAAGCGAGAGGGAAUCGUUCGGAGGUUACCAGGGAGACAGGAAGUCCUGCUCUGGGGGUUACCAAGGUGACUGGAGCCAUAGAGAUGAUGCACAGGCUACUUCUGGCCAGUCUGCCCGUGUGGGUGCGGUUCAGAUGAUGGGCAACAGUUACUACUUCUCUGCUGACGUCAGCCAGUUUGAGCCCCAUGAUGUGGUGGUGAUGGCCUACAACCACAGUGUCGUUAUACAUGCUGAGAAGGUUGGAGAUGAUGGAAGCAUCAGGGACAAGUUCAUCCACAAGUCACUGUUGCCAGAAGACAUGGACCCUUUGUCCGUAAACGGGACCCUGACACCGGAGGGGACGCUCGUGAUCAGCGUGAAGCGCAACACCAAGCCACUCUCGAACUCUCUGACCUCUAAUUUCCACUCUGAAGGUCAUCAGUGUUACUGAUACUAGAGAAACAAAAACUGGAAUCAACUACAUGCACUGAUUUCCAGUCAUGUUGUAAUUAACGCUCAUUCCCAAAUAUAUCCUUAAUCAAUAAUUCAGUUAAACACCCUAAAGUUAGCUUCUAAAAAAUUGCCUCCAAAAGUGCUAAUAUGCAAAUAUCAUGCUAUUUUUAGGUUUUGCAUCAAUUCUAUUAUGUGUAGCAUUAGCAUAUCAGUGUAAAUGUACUAGUUUGCAUACUUACUUAGCACCUGCCGAGCUCUGCUGCAAGUGCUAAGUGCUUAGCUUUUAGCAGUUAGCCUACUCAGUGAUGCAGUGACAAAUCUCAGACCAGAGAUUUUUUAAAGCUUCAGGCUAAUGCCAAAGUCAACAAAUUACAAAAGACUAUAGUCUUACCUUUUGGUGUGAUUUUGGACAUUUUUUCAUCUCUAAUAUUCCAUGAGAUUAUAACUCAAUUUAUUUGGAAAAUGCAUGGGAGUUGUGUAUUGCGCCAACUUUCAUUUAGAUAUGCAACUAAAAAACACUCACAGGAAUUUUCCAAGUCAUCUGAGUUGUAAUCUCAUGGAAUAUAAGAGUUGUAAAAAUGUCCAAAAAACAAAAUUUUCUCUCAAAGUAAGCAAAUUACGUCUUAUGUUUUGGUGUGAUUUUGGACAUUUUUUCCAACUCUUAUAAUCUUUCAAAUUUAACUUAAAUGACUGUGAAGAUGCCUGGGAGUGAUAGUGUAUAGUGUAUAGAGUAUAGUGUAUAGAUUCAUUCAGAUUUUACUUUUAAUUUCCCAAAUCUCCAAAAUCUGCAAAAAAACAAACAAACAAACAUACCAACAAAAAAGGUUCCCCAAAUUGGCAAACUACAUAAGGCUAUAGUUUUACCUUUUGGUGUGAUUUUGGACAUUUUUUCUAACUCCCAUAAUCUUUUAGAUUAAAACUCAAAUGACUGCGGGAAUGCCUGGGACUUUUGUGUAUUGUGUAUUUUUUUUUCAGAUAUGCAAUAAAAACUAUUUUAA